CAACAGACCAAUCCUGGAAAAGGUGCCAUUUUGAUAGGAUUUCUUCAAUUGCAACUUGAUUUUGUCUUGUUUAUUCAGAAAGUUGGAAGCGAGACUGUGCUAGUUAUUAGUUUUAUUGGAAAUACAUUAUUUUCAUACAACACACUAAAGAUAGGGGAAAUAUUCCAACAAGAGAGCAAUAAUGGGCAGUGACAAAUUGGAAGAUUGGGAACUAAAGAAAUUCUGGGAAGUUUUUCGUGGUUUGAAUCCUGUGAACAAUAAAUUAUCCAACGAUAAAUGUGCCAAUGUAUUCAAAAACUCGCAGCUACCUAAUGAUAAAUUGGCAAAGAUUUGGGAUUUAUCAGAUAUUGAUUCUGAUGGAUUUUUGGACUUUGAGGAAUUUUGCAUUGCCAUGAAAUUGAUUUUUGAGUCAGUAAAUGGGAAUCUUGCAUCUAUUCCUGAUGCUUUACCUACUUGGUUAGUUCCUGGGUCCAAGUCCCAUUUGAUCCAAGCUAACAAGGCAUUGACUGGUCAACUACCAAACUCAUCGGUGAGCUUGGAUGAUGAUAACUAUGAUGAGGAGCUAAAUUUAUCCACCAAUUUUGAUUGGUAUAUUUCACCAAAUGACAAAUCGACCUAUGAAAACAUUUACAAUAGUUCUUCAGAUAAAUUUGGUAGAAUUAGUUUCAAUUCAUUAACCGAUUUGUAUAACGAUUUACAAAAUGUUCCGAAAACCGACAUUGGUUAUGCCUGGAAUUUGGUCAAUCCCAAGCAGUACGAAACCAUUGAUAAAGAUCAAUGCAUGGUUUUUUUGCAUAUUUUAAAUCAAAGAUCCUCUGGUAAAAGAGUCCCAAGAACGGUGCCUGCAUCAUUAAGAGCAACUUUUUCCAAAGAAGUUCCCCAGUACAAUUUAAAUUCUUCACAAACUGAGGUUAAGAAUUCUUCUUAUUCCCAAGUCAAGGAUAAAUCAUUUGGUGGAAAUUAUUUGAAUAAAAUGGGCAUCAAUAAAAAAAAUUCAUCAUCCUCGUUAUAUGACGACAAUGGAGGAAUAGAGGAUGACUAUUCAACUAUCCGUGAUCCCCAAUGGGAAGAAGCAAGACUAACCAAAAAAUUAAAAGAAAUAGAAGAUAGGCUUGAAAGGGCUGAAAAGGAGAAAACAGAGAGAAAAGAAAGAUCAUCUAAGAAUUCCGUUAUAAGGUAUGAAUUGGAAGAAUUAUUGAAAUAUAAAGAAUCAAGAUUAAAACAACUCGAAGAUGAAGCCAAUGGUAUUGGAAAAAGUUCUGGAUUUGACAAUGAACAAUAUGAGAGCAUAUCAAGUGAUUUAAAUAUCAUUGAGGAACAGGUUUCUGUAUUAGAGGAUUACUACAGGGGAAAAGAGUUUGAGCUAGAAGAAUUAAAACAGCAGAUAUAUGAAGUCUCUAAUUCGGGCUUUUAAGUUGAAUUAUUUGAGUCGAUUUAAAUUGACUUGUUUAAAUUUUUGUUUUUAAAGUUAGUUAAUUUUUUUGUUUUUUUCAAUUUUUU